CUGGAACUGUGCGUCCCGAAGCAUGUCACUGGCCGCCGAUGCAAAAAGCAUCGCACGAAAUGUAUGCGCUUUCCAUUCAUCCGGCGGAUCACUAAAUGGUACGUCGGUUGAUGUCACGAAAAGGUGCGUCGCUUUCUCCAUGGCCAGUCUCACUGGGUAUCGCUUUUUCCUCCUCGAGUGCGCGAAGACGACCGCGACUGCUUCGUCAGGCGAAAGGUAGCCGCUUUUGGCUGCGGCUCUUUGUCGGAUGUCGUUGCAACAGUGAUGAGGUCCCGUACUAGUCUAUGGACACAAACAAGAUAUGGAUGUCUUGCCCUGUCUGCUGGCUGAAUGGAAGACUGGCUCACUUGUUGUAGACAUCCUUCAUCUGCUUUUUGAUGAUUGUUUUGGGCGGCGAGAAGCCAGUUUCCAUGUGCUCGGCAAUGCCCGCGUACUGUAGGCAUUGGUUUCCUUCAGUACAUGUGGCAUGCCGUGUCUCUCGCCAAGUACGUGACUCACCUUGGGGUUGUGAGCGAAGAUGGCGAAGUUGGGGUCGAACACAGCUUCGACAGUCAGCUCUCGAGCUUUCUUCCACCACGUGGCCAGAUCCUUCUCGGUGGCGUCGAGUUCUCCUACCGUGUACUGCGGACAUCAAAGCAAGAAUGUGUGUGCGGAUACAUACAUGAGUGGAUGAAGAGGACAAUUUGUUGCUCUUGUGCUCACGGCUGGCAAAACGGAAUGAACGAAGACCACGGCGUCGACACCGAUAGACGACCAGCGGGGCAGACGAUGGAGGUAGAUGCCAUCGGUCCAAGGCUUCCAGGACUGCGCGUUGUAGUGGAUGGUAUUGAUCUUCCCCUCGAAGUCGUCCACGAACCCCUCCCUUUUGAACAUGGCGUAGAGGUAGUUCUGUAUUCGAUCAAUAUGUGAUGAACACAGGUAAGAGACAUAACAGAGACAGCAUGGUUAGCCCUUUAAGAGCCCUCAGCCCCUGCCCGCAUACUACCGCUCGCUACGCUCGCUUCGCUCGCUUAGCUUACCACACUCAAGACAAGCCUGACGCCUUUCUCCGGGUUCCUGAUGGUGGGAAUGGAAGGAAAACACUGUCCUUGCUGAAUCGGCCAUUCACGGUCCUACGCGACAGUCGGAUGGCCCUUUCGGAGGGAAACUCGUUUGAGUGUCUCGAUGGUCGUAUCCAGCGACCACUGCAGAUACGUACGUACAUAUCCACGAAUGCCACACGUGUCGCGUCCGUUCGCCAUUGUGGCUGGUGUCUGUCGUCAUGUUGGCUUACGAUGAAGGGCCAACCCUGCGGGUAAAGCGCUGGCAACUGAUUGAGCUGAGACACCAAACGCAUUUGUCUGUCCAGCCGUUUCCUUCUAGUCUUAUGAGGGUUGGCCGCUACAUACUUGUUUGGCUGCCGGGAUGGUAUCUACGAACACACGCGCAUAUUGGCAAAGACACAUGACGAUUCCUGUCUCUGCUCACCCACCCGGGCUAAGGCUGGCUGGCUGCCAGGAUUCUGUGGCGUCAGGCGACACAAGCUGGACCACAUUCUUGAGUCUCAUCUGUGCACAGGCGCAUCGGAUAUUCAUUCGGCCAUGAUCUCAUCAGGGAGAGGUCACACCGUACGUACCUGUGGGAUCUGUUUGUGGGACUUGAAGGCCUCAUCUAGCCGCUGAUUGAGCUUGAAUGUCUCCCGGCGAGUCAGCUUGGCGUGAGUUUCUAUCUCCUGCCGCAGGUGCACUUCGUCUGAACGCGUGCACCCGAGUGUCAAUGAUAGUGUAGGUCGACCGUCGGACGCUUACCGAUUAAAAUGGCUGCAUGGUGGUAUCUGAAGCUGGCUUCAUCCAGCAGGAGAGAAGGCGCCGACUGCAACGGAAGAGCUUGGCAGAGGUCAACUGAUUGAUUGAUUGGUCUCUGCUCACCUCGUAGGACGCUUUGAGGUACUCGAAGAGAGUCUUCGAGACAGUGUCAUGCCACAGGCAUCCCGAAUGUGUAUUCACAGCACGUGCAAUGUGAGAGCCGGCACCCACGAAUCCCAACAUAAGCCUCCUCACCGCACCUUGAAGUAGUCGCGGAUGUCUUGCCUCAUCUUAGCAAGAGCUAAAAAGUCGACAUUUGAAGAUGAACGAAAGGAUGGCAUAUGUGCAGGGCAGGCAGCUGUUAUGUACCCUUGGCCUUGAGCUUCAUGUAGUCUUCACCGUCGGGGUAGCCGUUGGCUUCAGUAUCCCACUCAGUCGCGACCGCCUGUAUGUUUGUACAGUGAAGGAAGGCAUGAAGGCCAGAAGUGCCAAGCCACUGACUGCCUUACCUCUGCCACGUAUUCAUCGCCGACCUGUGUCAAUCAGUGGAAAGAGACAAGCUGCCAAUCCUUUUGUAUUAUUCUUCUCACUCACCCAGAGACCAACCAGGUCCACGCCACAGACCCGCUUGGAUCCUUCUUCCUCGAAUGCUUCUUCCUCGUCCUUGCACCCCUGCGGAGCAGCAACAUUCAAUGCAUAGCGCACUCCGCCAUGGGGAAGAGGACAUAACCCACCGGUGUCCCGAGAGGCUUGUUGCAGCAGUCGUGUCGCCGUUUCAGCUCUUCAAGUGCAGUGCUCUUUCCCUGCAUGUGUAGAGAGCUACAAGCCUGCAUGCAUGAUUGAGGUCAACGUGCAUUCACUUACCGAAGCUGGCGUCCCAGCCGACAUGACCACGAGCUGCUCCAUGCAUACGGCAGACAUCCAGCACAAGAGUCACACAGCCGUUCACUGUGACUCUGCACUGUGUGACUCACGAUCGUGCCAAUGUACGCGACGUGACCGGCCUGUUUUUCCUGAGAGUGGCGCGAGGAGGUGGGGUGAAUUCAAAUAUAGCACGACGAAACACAAAUGUGAGACAAGUCUGAUCUCACCCAUUGAGUCUCACCGUGUGGUUCCCAUCAAGAUUCGCAUCCCAGGCACCGUCCCGCCGCACUCGCAAGGCAAUGCCUCCAGGCAAGGAGAAGGCCAACAACAGAACAAGGCACGACAUGACGACACACCAAUCGGUCAUUCCUUCCUGAAAUUCCAC